AUGGUCACAGCUACUCGACGACGGACCUUUUCUCCUGUCCGUCCCGCUGCGGAGACAAACGACAAUGGUGCUGAGAAGAAGAAUGGCAAGCGGAAAUCUGGUGCCGUCAACACGGCUGUUGAGGUCCAGGUCAUAAAGAAGAGGAAGACUAGCCCCGAGAUAACGCCUGAGGAAGACGCCUCGCAAAUCGAGGAGCCCCAGCCACAACAAGAGGCGAACGCCGAAACUGAAGAGAAGGCCGCGCCCCCUGCGAAGAAGCAUUUUCGGUUUGACAGCGAAGAGCCGGAGCUGCCUGUAGAAAUUCCUAUGGAAGGGCCAGAGAAGCAGCCGGAGCCUGCGGAGGAGGACAGCAGUGACGAUGAUGAAGCGCCCGAAGCAGUGGACAACUCCGCCGAGAUGUCCAGGCUCAGACAAGAAGCAAAGAAGCAAGAGGAAAUCAAGCAAAGAGAAGAACAGUUGAAGAGAGAAAAGCGAAAAAAGCUUGAUGACCUGCGCAAAGCACAAGCGAAAGCAGCGAACAAAAAGAAGGAGAUCCUCGCUGAUGACCUAUCCGAGAGCACGGCGACUCUUCAGGGUUCCAUCACCCAGGAUGCUCGACGAGCUGCUCUUCCAGCGCUCCUUCCGGACGAUAUCCUGAAUGCCGCUCCUGUGGCUAGACCCCCUACACCCCCGGCAGAUGGAAUGGAUAUUCUACAGAAGAAGCCCAAUAAGCUGAAGUUCCUCGACAAAAAGGAGAAGCGCCCUAAGGAUGUGCACAUGGGUGAUGUCACCAUUCGAGUUUUGGAUGACAAUGUUCCACGCAAGACGUCGAAGACAACACUGCCACCCAAGUCGUCGAAAGCUGGAUUGAACAGCAAACAGGAAUGGACAGCAAAAGCUAGUUCUUGGGUGAUUCCAUAUGUCUUCAAUUCGUUCUGA